CUUUCGGCUAAUUUGUAAAUGGAUGAUCCAGAAUUCCAGAAAUAGGAAUAAAGCAGAGUAGCAGACCCAGAAAAUUCCUUUGACUUUAAAAAAAAAAAAAAGGAAAUAAGAAAAGAGAUGCCAUUACUUCCGUCUCCUAUCCUGGCGUAUCGUGCGCCUUAUUUCAAGCACUUGACAAACUUCUCCUCCAUUUUGCCACACCACCAUCUUCCUCCUCUCCUGCUUCCACGUGUCCCCACCGCUUUCCUCCGGACUUUCUCUCUCUUUAACCCUUGCUCUCCUCUCUCCACCACGGGCAACUCUCUUCUCUCUCGCAUGGAGAAACCCUUUUCUGGUUCUGGAGGUGGCAUGGCCAAAAGCAAAGCUAUGGUGGAACAGUUGCGGCGUUGUGGAGUUUUUCACUCUGAGAAGGUUGCUGAAGUGAUGGAAACCAUUGAUAGGGGUUUGUUUGUACCUGCUGGGACCCCGGCUUAUAUGGAUAGCCCCAUGCCAAUAGGCCAUAAUGCCACCAUAUCAGCUCCUCAUAUGCAUGCAAUGUGCCUUGAUCUUUUAAACGAUAACUUGCAGCCUGGCAUGCAUGCUUUAGAUGUUGGAUCAGGCACAGGGUACUUGACUGCAUGUUUUGCUGUGAUGGUUGGAUCCGAAGGUCGUGCAGUGGGUAUAGAGCACAUUCCUGAACUGGUGACUUGGUCAAUUGAAAACAUCAAAAAGAGUAAAGCUGCUUCUUUGCUAGAAGAGGGCUCCUUGUCAGUUCAUGUUGGUGAUGGAAGGCAAGGAUAUCCUGAGGAUGCACCAUAUGAUGCAAUCCAUGUUGGUGCAGCAGCACCAGAAAUCCCAAAGGCGUUGAUUGAGCAGCUGAAGCCCGGUGGACGGUUGGUGAUACCAGUAGGAACCUUCUUCCAGGACUUGCAGGUUAUUGACAAGAAGCAGGAUGGCUCUCUUUCUGUCAGAACUGAAACUUCUGUGAGAUAUGUUCCACUGACUAGUCGGGAAGAGCAGUUGCGGGGUUAAUUGAACUGCCUUUAUCUAUGUUCUAUUUUGUGUAUAUUUAAUGUUUUUUAUUUUGUUUUUCAUUUGCUGCGCGUUAUCCAUGAAUUGGAAGCUUAUAGCAGCAUGUAUUUUCCUCCCUUUUGUAAAUAUUUGACAUCGUGGAUGUAAAGUGUAUCAAAGUUGGACACUGUACUUCAUCAAAAUGACGCUCCUUGUACUA